AAAACUUUGACGAACUCCAAACUAUCAAACAAAUAAAAAAGCAAAAGGUUGUGCCGCAAAAUCUAAAAAAAAUUCAUCAGAAUUUGGCGCUGCUGAAAACAGCAUGGAUUACAGGAGCAUGGAUACAGAAGCACUUGACCGAAUGCUGCUUGAUAGCAUUCAUGAACUCGAACAACAAAAAUUGGUGGAUCACCAUUUCCGACAAUGCCAUUCAUUGAAAGAGGACAAUGGUUUGUCAUUUUUCUUGGACCUCAUUCUCAUUUUUCUCAAUGAUGCUGAAGCAACAAUGAGUGAAAUGGCAGAGAUUAUGUAUCAAGAAGUUGUGGACUUCAAUAAAAUAUAUUCAUAUUAUAUCAAGCUUAAAGGAAGUUCUGCAUGCUUUGGUGCUUGUCGAAUUAAAGCUGCGUGCUCUAAUUUACGCCAUGCUAUUGACAAUAAAUCCAAAGAAGGGUGUUUGGAGGCACUAAGUCUUAUGAAAGAUGAACACAAGAAUCUGCAUGACCAGUUGAAUAGCAUUAUCAAGAUUGAGGAGGAACUUUUUUCUAGAGCUAUGGGAUAGGAGCAACGGCCAUGCUUAUCCAUGGAGUGUAUGCAAGAAUAUAUAUAUAUAUAUAUAGCAUAAGCAACACUUUUCUUUCUAACUUUAUACUUAUUUUCUUUUUUUAGCCUCUAAGUAUAUAAUCUUGAAAUUAUUACAGCAAAUCGUCCCAACAUUGUACACUCCAUUACAUUUGGCUGUUUUAUUGAAGGAAAUGAAACAAC